GCCUUUACAGUCAGAGAUCAUUUGACCACUAACCAGUGAACGUAUUAUAUAUAAACCUUGAGAUCUUUCUUCACUUGUCAAAUAAAUUAUCAAACCGUAUCAGUGAUCGAAAACAAUGAAGUUUCUGUUUCUAACUAUUGUCGCCGCUUGUUACAUAGCUUACUCUAUCAGUGAGAAAUGUCAAGGAACAGAUACUGGCCCUUGUAUACACACAAUUUGUGACAAUACAACCGCUGUCCAGUGUGUAAACGGAUUGUGUUCAUGUGAACCAACGCUGAACUUGAAAUGCGUGACGAUGCAAGAUUGUUUGAAUCUGGGUGCUACAUGGAACUGUGCUAAAGAAAGACGUCACUGUAUCGAUAACAUGUGUACAUGUAUUAGACUUCCGGCAUAGGAUGAUCAGCCACAAUUGACUUUUUUUUAUUAUCAUACGAGUUGUAUUAAUAAAAACAAAGCCAC